AUGAACGUUUAAUAAACUAAAACAUCGUCACUUAAGGACUUUUAAAUAAUUUAAGAGUUAGGGAAGGGAUCGUUUAGCACAGUUUAUAAGGUAUUUUGAUGUUUAAAAUCCAGGUGAAAAGAAUAGCAGAUGGUUAAGAAUAUGCAUUAAAGAAAGUGAAAUUAGGAUCUUUAAAAUACAAAGAAAAAGAGAAUGCGCUAAAUGAAGUCAGACUGUUGGCUUCGAUCAAUAGCAAGUACAUUGUAGCCUAUAAAGUAACAUAAAUAAUGAUGAAAUAGGAAGCUUUUUUCGAUGAUGAAUGUAAAUGCUUAUGUACUGUAAUGGAACUUUUAUCUGGAGGUGAUGUCUACCGCAGAAUCACUUAAGCUCAAAAGGGAGGACCACAAUUCUCAGAAUAGGAGAUAUGGAUAGCCUUGAUUCAUAUGAUUUUGGGGUAUGAAUUUGUAGUUAAAUAAGAUUGAAAACUCUUCAUGAUUAGAAGAUAGUGCAUAGAGAUUUAAAAUCAGCAAAUGUUUUCCUUUCUAGUGAUGGUACUUUCAAAUUAGGAGAUCUAAAUGUGUCAAAAGUAGCUAAAUAGGGAUUUGUUUAUACUUAAACUGGAACACCAUAUUAUGCUAGUCCAGAGGUGUGGAGAGAUGAACCUUACGAUUUGAAAAGUGAUAUAUGGUAUAGAAAUUUUAAGAUAUUUAAGGUCUUUAGGCUGUGUUCUUUAUGAAAUGUGUUGUUUGUAAACUCCAUUCAGAGCAAAAGAAAUGGAUGUUCUUUUUUAAAAGGUUUAAAAAGGGUUAUACGAUUAAAUACCAGCCAAAUAUUCCAAAGAUCUUGCUUAAAUUAUCUCUUUACUAUUGAAAACGUAAUCUUCACAAAGACCCAAUUGUGAUGAAUUAUUAAAAAAUCCCAUAAUUCUAAAUAGAAUGAGGGAUAUUGAAACUCAUAUCAAUUCUUAGCCAUAAAAUUAGGAACUGUUAAAAACUAUAUAAAUUCCUAGGACUAUUGAUUAAUUAAAUUCUCAAUUUCCUAAAUCGAAAUAUGAAAACGAAAUUAUGAGCAUUGAAAGGAACAUUGAGAAUAAAUCAACAGAAAAUUCAUCUAGUCCUUUUAGAUCUCCAUAAUAAAUCAUUAAAACAUAAUAAGAUUCGAGAUUAAGUCAAGUCAAAGACAGAUAAAUCACUGAUAUAACCAAAAGCAUAGCUUAUUUAGAGAGAAAAAACAAACACCCUUUGUUAAUUGAAGGACCUAGACCAUCUGCAUCAAGAAAAAUAGAAAAACCAAAAUCUGCCUAACCUCAAUAGCGUUACCACAAUAAUGAUAAAGGAUCUUAAUUAGGAGAUUCCAAUGUUAAGAACUCAUCAAUAAAUAAAAUCAAAGAAUUUGAAAAUCUAAGAAUAAAAAGAGAAAAUGAACUUAAGGCUAUUUAAGAAUUCAGAAAGUAAGAAAUCCAAGAUUCUAAAAUUCGAGAACUAAGAGACAUAAAAUAAAUUAGGGAUGCCUCCAAAGAAUUAAUUGCUGAAAAUAGAAGAAUUUCUCCAAUAUCCUAAGCAAAAUAAAAUGGAUAAUAUGGAUAGUAUCAACAGUAGUAUGGAAUUUAAAAGCACUCCUACUCUCCAAUCACUAGAAAAGCCGAACUGCCUUAAUAUAAUAUCAAGUAUGUAUAUUAAUAAGUUUGCAGAAAUAGAGUAGUAUAAAGUCAAAUGUAAUGUAGAACUUAAAUAAGUUAAUCUAUUAAUAUCAGCAAUCCUAGCCAAUAGAUUCGUCAACCAAUAAUAUAUCAAGAAGCUAUUACAAGCAAGAGAUAAUAAAUUCCAUAAUCUGCAGCGCCAGUCCCUUAAAUUUAUUCAUCAAAUUAAUAAUAACUACCAAAAUCCGAUAGAUAUUAACACCCUUAAUCGGCAUUGCCAGCAAGGGUAGAGUAACAGAAGCUAGAAAGAUCAUAAGUAUUUCCAGUUUAAGCAAGAGUUGUCAAAACUAAAUAAAAUGAAUCAAAUGCAAUCAAUAAAAAUUAAUCAACAACAAAAUAAACACGUCCUUUAUCUUCAAAUUUAAUUUCUAAUGAAAGACUUUCAAAGUAGGAAUACUAGCCUCAAAGUAAUUAAAUUCAUGUAAACUACAACCAUUAUUACCCAAUCGAAACCUAUUAAAGGCAUGCAUCAGAUUAAAAUUUAAUUAGAUAUUAGUAUAUAUAAUUAUUCUAUCUUUUUAGAUAAAGAUAAUAAAGCAGAUAACUAAAAUAAAAUUUAGAGAGUAGAAAAAUAUGA